GUCUUUCCAAUGGUCCUGAAGCAAUGGAAGUGGAUGGCCUCCAGGAAGUCCCCCUCUGUAGCUGUCGAAUGGAAACCCCCAAAAGCAGAGAGAUCACCACGCUAGCCAACAACCAGUGCAUGGCCACGGAGAGUGUGGAUAACGAGCUGGGCCGAUGCACAAACAGUGUGGUUAAGUAUGAACUGAUGCGCCCGUCUAACAAAGUCCAGCUUUUGGUGCUGUGUGAGGACCAUAGAGGGAGGAUGGUGAAACACCAGUGUUGCCCUGGCUGUGGAUACUUUUGCACUGCAGGCACUUUCAUGGAGUGUCAGCCGGAGAGCAGCAUCUCCCACCGUUUCCAUAAGAACUGUGCCUCCCAGGUCAAUGACAUGAGCUACUGCCCACACUGCGGGGAAGAGGCCUCCAAGGCAAAGGAAGUGACAAUAGCAAAAGCAGACACAACCUCGACGGUGUCGCUGACCUACGAGCAGCAGAAACCAGCAGCUGUGGAGGGAAGGGCUGACACCACGACAGGCAGUGGCACUGGGACACGGUUGUCAGAGGAAGACAAGCCAGAAAGUUCAGCUGCUGAAGGAUUUGACAUGGCUGGGUCUUCAGUUUUUCCAAAGCCUACUACUAGUCUGUCCCAAGGACCAGUUAAAGAAACUCUGGAAAGUGCCCUGAUUGCCCUGGACUCUGAAAAACCCAAGAAGUUACGGUUCCAUCCAAAGCAGUUGUACUUCUCUGCCAGGCAAGGAGAGCUGCAAAAAGUCCUGCUUAUGUUGGUGGAUGGAAUUGACCCUAAUUUUAAAAUGGAGCAUCAGAAUAAGAGAACCCCUCUCCAUGCAGCCGCUGAGUCUGGCCACGUGGACAUCUGCCAUAUGCUGAUUCAGGCUGGUGCUAAUAUAGACACUUGCUCUGAAGACCAGAGGACCCCACUGAUGGAAGCAGCAGAAAACAACCAUCUGGAAACUGUGAAAUACCUUAUCAAGGCUGGAGCACUAGUAGAUCCUAAGGAUGCGGAAGGAUCCACGUGUCUGCACUUGGCUGCCAAGAAGGGGCACUACGACGUUGUUCAGUACCUCCUCUCCAAUGGGAAGAUGGAUGUUAACUGCCAGGAUGAUGGAGGCUGGACGCCAAUGAUCUGGGCCACUGAGUACAAGCAUAUCGAGCUGGUGAAGCUGCUGCUUGCAAAGGGGUCAGACAUCAACAUCCGUGACAAUGAGGAAAAUAUUUGUUUGCACUGGGCUGCUUUUUCAGGCUGUGUUGACAUAGCAGAGAUCCUGCUGGCUGCUAAGUGUGAUUUACACGCGGUGAAUAUUCACGGGGACUCACCCCUGCAUAUUGCAGCCAGAGAGAACCGCUACGAAUGCGUGAGUCUCUUUCUUUCCCGUGGCUCGGAUGUCACUUUAAAGAACAAGGAAGGUGAGACUCCACUCCAGUGCUCCAGCCUUAACUCUCAGGUCUGGGUGGCCCUACAGAUGAACAAGACUCUCAAAGAAUCAUCUACUGAAAAGCCUCCCCAGAUAGAGAAGGUGGUGAACAGAGACAUCGCUCGGGGUUAUGAGCGGAUCCCGAUUCCCUGCAUCAAUUCAGUGGACAACGAGCCUUGUCCAAGCAACUACAAAUAUGUUUCACAGAACUGUGUCACCUCCCCGAUUGACAUCGAUAGAAAUAUCACUCAUUUACAGUAUUGCGUGUGUAUAGACGACUGCUCCUCCAGUAACUGCAUGUGUGGCCAACUCAGUAUGCGCUGCUGGUAUGACAAG